AAUUAUGGGAUGUUGGGACGAAUAUAAGUAUCAACAACCUGGAGUUAUUCGUCGGUCAGGAAGACCCUGGGAAGAGCGUCCGUUGGAUUCGGAUGGUCCUCUCUCCUGGUGUCAGGAGUAUAUUAAAUUAGAUCCUGAAGGUCCUAUUUAUUGGAGGGGAUAUUGGAUUCCGGUACAAUUUUGUAUUCCUUCCAUUAUUGGAUUAAAUAAUGUCCAUAGAAGGGUAAUGAAACCAGGAAUUGAGUCUUCAUUAUGCGACGGUUCGAAGUUGCCACACAAUGUUACUGGGUUGGAUUGGCAACCAGUUGUAAAGUCGCUUGCAUUAGUAAGAGUAAAGACGUAUACUCUUACUCCAAAUGGGUUGAAAAUAGAUUCACAGUGGACAAUGGUAAAAAUUUGUUUUUAUUUUAUUUAAUAUAUACAAUUCGCAUACAUGAAUUUGUAUUUCAUAUAAUGCCAACUUCUAUUUCAUAAUUUUCGUCUAUUUAUUUUAGAGAUCGCGAGUGGACAAUACAGUUUUAUGGAGUCCGGAUCAUUGGACCAAUUGUAGGAAAAGUUGUUUCCGAAGCAGACUCUAUUGUUCUGAUGGGUUGUAAAUUCAUAGUUUAACGUUUGGGAUUAUUUUAUUUUUAUUUUAUCAGUAAAGUGGAUUUAAUUUACAUCAAUUGGUUAU